ACAUUCACCCUUUUUUGGAAUUCAUUUCUUUUACGCUAAUCACUCUACAUUACUCCUAACAUGUCGAUCACAUACUAUAAGAUUGAAUUAUUUCGGUUGAUGGCUUCAUCAUAUCAUCAUCUCUAACUUAGAAACAAGACGAGCUUUAAUAAUGAAACUCAAAAGCACCACUUUGUUCUGGCUCUUGGCUUUUGUCACUGCACUUGUUUCCAUUGCAUUCACUACCACUUUUUUCAACUCUCCCUCCUCUAACUUGUCCGUUGUCAUUAAACAAGCGACUACUUUAGAUGAGUUCCUAGGUGUUGUUAAGGAAAUCGCCGAUGGUCUUUUGAGAAGACAUCACCAUCACCAUCACCAUCACCAUAGCCACCACCACCACCACCACCACCACCGGGAAAUGCCAGAUAUGACGUGUAGUGAGUCGAAAUGGGGGUCUACAUUAUCAUCUUCAUACCGUGUUUCUCUUACUAUAACGGUGGAUUUGCAUGGUUGCGGUAACUUCAGUAGUGUACAAAAGGCGGUUGAUGCUGUACCGGAUUUUAGCUCUUCUUUCACUCUUAUCAUUCUAGAUUCUGGCCUAUACAAGGAGAAGGUGAUGAUUAAUGCUAACAAAACAAACUUGAUUUUCCAAGGCCAAGGGUAUCAAAACACAGCAAUAGCAUGGAAUGACACUUCUAAUUCAACAGGUGGCACGGCUAACAGUGCCUCGGUCACCAUUUUUGCACCUGGUUUCAUAGCUUACAACAUUAGCUUUCAGAAUACAGCACCAGAACCAUCUCCAGGAGAUAAAGGAGGGCAAGCAGUGGCACUAAAAAUAUCAAGUGAUAAAGCUGCCUUUUAUGGUUGUGGAUUUUAUGGGUCUCAAGACACGCUUAAUGAUGAUCGUGGUAGACAUUACUUCAAAGAUUGCUUCAUUCAAGGUUCUAUUGAUUUCAUUUUUGGAGAAGCUAGAUCACUCUAUCAGAAUUGCACAAUAAACUCGAUAGCUCAAGGAAAUGAACAAGGGGUGGAUGGAUCAAUAACGGCGCACGGUAGACAAUCAGAAGAUGAAAGUACCGGUUUCUCCUUUGUGAAUUGUAAAAUUGGCGGAAUUGGUAGAAUUUGGCUUGGUAGAGCUUGGGGAGUUUAUGCAACGGUGGUGUUUUCUAACACUUACAUGUCCGAUGUCGUUUCUCCUGAUGGAUGGAAUGAUUGGAGAGAUCCCUCUAGAGACUCGACUGUUUUGUUUGGAGAAUAUGAAUGCACAGGUCCAGGAGCAACUUACACAAAUAGGGUUUCCUAUAGUAAGCAACUCAAACUAUCUGAGGCAACACCGUUUUUGGAUGUAUCGUAUAUUGAUGGAAAUGACUGGCUUCUUCCUCACCAAACUACUCUUUCAUUCUAUUCUCCACACACCAACAAACAAACUGAUUUCUAUUUGGACUCCAUGUAAAUAUACUUCUAACUUGUAAUAAUCAACAAUAUUGGAGAGUUAUGAUUCCGGCCUAUUUAUCGACUAAA